UAUUUCUGAUUAUCUUUUUGUUAUUUUUAUUAGAAAUAGUGGGCCACACAAAUCCAAUUGUGUGGCCUAGCCCAAGUUGGAUAACCCAAUUAAGCAACCUAAAGAAUAUAGUGAUCGACGACUGCCACGUGAAACAUUUUCCUCCUUUGGGGAAAUUGCCUUCUCUAGAAUCACUCAGGAUGGGUUUAAUGUGGAAAGUAAAAAAGGUGGGAGUUGAAUUUUUGGGGAUAGAAACGUCUUUGUCUCCAUCUUCAUCAUCCGUUUUUGCCUUCCCCAAUUUGAAGACAUUGGCGUUUAAUGGGAUGUAUAAGUGGGAAGAGUGGGAUUUUGGAAGUAGAGGACAAGAGGAUAUCACAAUCAUACCACGUCUUUCUUCCUUGACAAUUGCAUCUUGUUCGAAGUUAAAGAUGUUGCCAAAUUAUAUUCUCCAGAGUACUACCUUGCAGGAAUUGAAAAUUCUCAAUUGUUCAAUUAUUUCAAAACGCUGCAAAGAAGACUACCAGCCCUUUAUCAACCGCAUUCCUCACUCCAUAGUGUCAGACUGGGGAGUCGAACUCAGACUUUGAGUAACUUGCAAAAAAGGAAGGAGACCCGAAGUGCAUAGUUUCAGAAGUUGUGUACAUGGUGGAAGGAUGAUGGACCGGCCUGGCUCAUGGCGCCCACACUAGCUUCUAUGUGUCAACUUUUUGGCAAAGCAGUUAGCUUCUGGAUUUUUAUUUUCUUAAUUGAAGGGUUAUUUUUGGGGCGUUUGUGUGCUUUAAAAAAAAAAAAAAACACUU